AGCUCGGUUGUCAAGGUUUACCCUGAACCAACAACUCCAGCAACUACUGAAAAUGAUCUAGGAAAUGAAUUGAAGGAGACUAAUCCAACCACUGAAUCACAUAUGAACAUGUCCACAGAUACAACAACUCUAGCUACUACUGAAACUGAUCUAGGAAAUGAAUUGAAGAAGACUAAUCCAACCACUGAAUCACAUAUGAACAUGACUACAGAUACAACUGAAGACACUGAGGAAACAAAAAUACUGCAAUACGUGUAUAUCGUUGUACCAUUAGUUAUAUCUUUCCUUAUUGUAUGCGCUGGCUGCGGUAUUUGGGUAUGGUUCCACAGAAGGAAGAGAGUUUAUCCAUAGUCCCCACAAACAGCUUGUCAAUUGUUUUCAUUAACUGCACUUUGUCAUUUUCAUUCUCGUAUUUUAUGAAAUACACUUUCUAUUUUGUUAAUCAUUUCAAUACAUUGAAGAUUGUUUCAUGGAACUGCAUAUCACAUUGAUGAAUGUUUACGUAAUGACUGAUGUCAGUUUGUUGGUAGAAUAUAAA